AAAAAAAAAAAAAAGAAUCUGCUUCUACUCUUCUCCCUUUUCUUGAACACUCCUCCCUUUUUUCCAAGUUUUGCUGCUUUUCCAAUCUUUCUUCUUUCUCUUUGUAUCUCAAACGGAUUUUGUAAGAAUUGAAUGGUGUCAAAUUUUACUCAGAUUUAAGGAAGAGUUUGAAGUUUUUGUAUAUGCUGUUAUUACUCCAAUAAUAUCUGGAAACAAAGAAAUGGUGGAUCCACAAACGUGUACUCUAUUUGUGUUAAAGCAAACAGUUCCUUAUAGUGUUUAUGACGGUGAUGAUGAUGCAGAUAACUAUGACGACGCUGAUAAACCGGAGCUCUCAUUCUUGAAAAGCAUAUUUGGCAAAAUCUAUACAACCACAAACCUUGAUCUUUGCGUUAAUUAUAUACAUCAACAGCCAACAACAGCAUUAUUAUUAUUAGUUGAACUUGAUGGCAACGAAACUUCUACAAAAGAACAGACUACAUACAUUUCGGCCAUAGCCGGCAAGUGUCCUUUUGUACCUGUCAUCGUGUAUGCGAACAAUGAUGAUCCAUCAUUCAUGUUUGAUUGUAUCCAAGCAGGUGCAAUCCAUUAUAUCAUAAAACCUUUAACACCAGAUAUCGCAAAAACUUUAUUUCUAACACUGUAUCAGAAUCAAAAGUACCGGCAACCCCCUUCUAAUGCUACUCUAUAUCAAGAUAACCAGCAUUUAGUCUCUUCCAGCACUAUUAGCACAGUAGAAGAGGAUGAAGAUCCGGCUGUUAUUUCCCCUUUAACACCGACCACCUUUCCCGCGUCUGUCCACCAUCCUCCGACAUCAUGUACUAUCGCGCAGCAAUCACAUCAACAUUCAUUUUCGGUUAUCACCAAUAGAUUCUCUGUACCCGUCAUUGGAAAUGACCGAAAUUUGAAAAAAUCAGCAAAAGAAGACCAGUCGAAUUCUAUCCAUCAUAAGUUGGAAGCUAUCAAUACAUUUUCCACGUCGUUGAUCGACCAGUUUAUACCACCUAAUUUGAGCUUGCCAACGUAUGAGCCAUUAAAAAUACAACAUAGAAUCAAAUUACAAUCGCUACUUUCCAGUUGGAAUUUUGAUCCAUUUCAGUUGACGCUAGAAGAACUCGUUCACUGUGCUGUUCUUAUGUUAAGAAAUGGCGUACCUAAAAUUUCCCAAAGAUAUUUUUCGGAAGAGCAACUUUAUAAUUUUGUCAUAGAAUUAUCCAUGAGUUACCAUGACGAAAACUCGUACCAUAAUUUCGCGCAUGCAGUAGAUGUAUUACAAUGUAUGUAUUUCUUUCUUCAACAACUCGACCUUACCGCUUCAUUGUCAUCACGCAACGCCAAUAUAGCUCAACAACAUUCUUCGUCUCCUGUGUCAUCACAAUUCGACUACUCUACCCUUCUCCGCCCUUUGGACAUUUUUGCAUUAUUGGUUGCAGCCCUCGGACAUGACAGCUCACAUCCUGGUGUCAAUAAUGGAUUUUUGAUAGAUACAUCAGCACCUCUUUCUUACUUGUACAAUGAUCAAUCCGUAUUAGAGCACUUUCAUGCCAUGACUCUAUCGCAACUCUUAUUAAAGCACGGUUUUCAGCGGAUACUGACAACGAUGGACCUCAAGGAUAGUCAUAAUAGCCACAACAACAAAAAGUAUGACUGUUAUAAAGAAUUUCGAAAUGUGAUCAUCACUACUAUUUUGGCAACUGACAUGGCAUUGCACCACGACUAUUUGGAAAAAAUCAAUACUUCGCCUCUUUUUCAUUCACUAAUGCCGCGUACUAAAGAACGAGAUGAUUCACUUUUGAUACAGGAACAGCACCAAGAUAUAACUGAGAAGGGCCGCCUACUCUUCUGUUGUACUUUAAUGAAGUGUGCUGAUAUCAGCAAUGUCGCUCGACCGUUUGCCACGGCUUGUAAAUGGGCUGAAAUACUCAUGGAAGAAUUUGCAACACAAGGUGAUUUAGAAAAGGCGGUUGGAAUGAAUUUGUCCUUACCGACUAUGAUGGAUCGCUCGGUGAUGGUUCUCGAAGAUGCUCAACUGGGAUUUAUACGUUUUGUCGCCUUGGGACUAUUUGAAACUGUCAGUCGCUUUAUUAGGGAGCUUUCGUUCACUGUUGAGCACAUUAAUGAGAAUAUCUCCGUUUGGGAAGAAAGGAAAAUAAGGAACAAUGGACAGGAAAUACAACCUAUAACAAUCCCGCAACAAGUUCAAACAGAAGACGAUUGUAGUUAUGAUAGUAACCAAAGAAACCGAGCUGAUGCUAGCACUAUCACUACCUCUAGUAUAAACAGUGAAAGGAGCAGGACACCUACUACCACGGUGAACCAACACUCUGAAGCAGCCACAACGAAAAUUUUUACUACAGUAGCUGAUAAAGAUUACCGAAAAUUACCUGAAAUGCCUGCAACUGUGUCACCUAUGUCUCAUAUACCCGACACUACUACUACUACUACUACUAUUAAUAUGAAUAGAACUAAUGAUAGAUACCCUAAUUGCAUGGAUGACUUCGGUGAUAAUGAUUUGAGCAACCCUGGAAUGGGCCCCUCACCUGUUUAUUGUCAGUGUAUUGUUCAAUAAUAAAUUCUUUCUUUCCUCUAUGGAGUGCUUGUAAUGUUUUUGCUACCAGAAACUUUGAUUGCUGCAGGUAUUCUUCAAC